AUGCACAGUUCAACCUCCGUGCAAAUGCCCGCUCUUUGUUCAAUUGGCAACAUUGUUACUGGAGAUGAUCUUCAGACUCAGCUGCUAUCUUCCCCAAAAGAGGGUAUCAGGAAAGAAGUGUGCUGGAUGAUCUCCAACAUCACCACUGGGUCACCUCCCCAAAUUCAGGCAGUCAUUGAUGCCAACAUUAUUCCUCCACUCAUCAACAUCCUUUCCAAUGCCGACUUCAAAACGCAGAGGAGGCCUGCUGGGCAAUUUCAAAUGCAAUCUGGCGGUCUUCACAAACCAGCGCAGAUCCGCUAUCUCAUCUUGCAAGAUCAUUUAAGUUGCCUUGAUGGUCUCGAUAACAUUCUGAAGGUCGGCGAGAUGGAUAAACAGGCUGGAGGUCCCAGAUCUGUCAACCAAUAUGCUCUAUAUGUCGAAGAGGUGGGCGGUAUGAUCACCAUCCACAACCUCCAAUCACACGACAACCUAGAGAUAUAUAAGAAUGUGUUCAAUAUCAUGGACAAGUACUUCCCAGAUGAGGAGGAAGUGGAUGCAGCAAUUAGCGCACCUAGCCUUGAUGCUACUGGUACAUUUGCUGAUGUUACUGCUCCUCAAGGAGGCUUUAGUUUCGGUCAGCAGUAA